UUAUUUGUCAACUCCAUGUACAAUACAAAUCAUAUUAAUAUCUCAUCUUAACCUUAAUGAUGAAUCAUUCUCGAUAAUUCUCUAUGAUUCUCACUAACUGACUUCUUCUUUUUUUUAUUUUCAUAUAUCUUAACAGUAGGCCAGAAAGUAAAAAAACUAAUACCUAUAUUAUUAAACACAAACCAGAAAAGUAUUAUUUUUAACAAUAUUGACUCAGUUUUGUAGAUAAUUAAUUGUAUUCUUUGCUGAGUAGAUUUCUGUUAUUCUUCUUUUUCCAACAUCUUAUAGUAUAUUGUUCUUUAUUUAUUAUUAAAUUUGACAACAACAGUUUGAUAAACGAUUUGUUUGAACAGACUGCUACAAUAAUUAAUUUACCACGAAAUUCUUGGGCUCCAAAUUAUAUCAGCCUUGAUACCUAAGUUAUUUAAUUAGAAAGAUAACAAUAAAAGGGAUUAAAUAUGUUUUUUUGUCCCUGUUAUGAUAGAUCAUUCAAAGAAGACGAUUAUUAUCUGCAACAUUUUCGUGCCAAACAUUAUUUUCCUUGCACAUUUCCAUGUUGUGAUGACUGGUAUAAAACUUACAAAGAUAUGACGAAUCAUUAUUUUGCAGUUCACCUUCCUGUCGAAUGCGAGUAUUGUGAUAGGCGUUUUAAAGAAAUACAACAUAUGGAACAGCAUUGCGAUGCCGUACAUUAUUUCCCAUGUAAUUAUUGUGAUUAUUAUUUUCCGACUGAGGAAGAUAGAGGUGUUCAUUAUAGAGAGGAACAUUUUAUCAUCAAAUGCCCUUAUUGUAAUAGAUUAUUCAGAGAAGAAGAACACAUGGAACAGCAUUGCGAUGCCGUACAUUAUUUCCCAUGUAAUUAUUGUGAUUAUUAUUUUCCGACUAAGGAAGAUAGAGAUGAUCAUGAUAGAGAUGAACAUUUAAUCAUUGAAUGCCCUUAUUGUAAUAGAUUAUUCAGAGAAGAACACAUGGAACAGCAUUGCGAUGCCGUACAUUAUUUCCCAUGUAAUUAUUGUGAUUAUUAUUUUCCGACUAAGGAAGAUAGAGAUGAUCAUGAUAGAGAUGAACAUUUAAUCAUUGAAUGCCCUUAUUGUAAUAGAUUAUUCAGAGAAGAAGAACACAUGGAACAGCAUUGCGAUGCCAUACAUUAUUUCCCAUGUAAUUAUUGUGAUUAUUAUUUUCCGACUGAGGAAGAUAGAGGUGUUCAUUAUAGAGAGGAACAUUUUAUCAUCAAAUGCCCUUAUUGUGACAGAUUAUUCAGAGAAGUAGAGCAUAUGGAGCAACACAAACAUGCUAAACACGCCUAGAGGGAUUAUUUUGCUUGCAAACGGUGUGACAGUCAAUUUUCUGAUCCAUAUCUUAGACAAAAACAUCAAAGAUACUACAGGGUGCGGCAGCAUAACUUCCUUUUUUCAAAAGUUAAUAAAACUUAUUGUAUGAAUCAGAAAAUUUUUAUUCGUUUUUUAUAAUACAGGCACAUACAUAAAGUUUUGUUUUACUGAGUUUUGAAGAUCAAAUCAGUUAGGUGACGUCCCCCAUUCUCCAUACACUGAGUAAACCGAUUUCUGGCGUUUGUCAUGACUCUUGCCAGCAUAGCAGGCGUUAUGUUGGCAAUUUCUUCCUGGAUGUUCGUCUUCAAAUCUUGUAGGGUCCUUGGACGGUUCACAUACACACGGGAUUUCAAAAAACCCCAUAGGAAAUAAUCACAAGGGGUCAAAUCGGGAGAGCGGGCUGGCCACUCCAAAUCGCCCCUAAUUGAGAUAAGGCGCUCUGGGAAGUGUUCCCUCAAAACAGCCAUCGAUGUUCUUGAAGUGUGUGCCGUUGCUCCGUCUUGUUGGAACCAAGUGUCCCCUAAGUCCAACUCAUCUAGCCGUGGAAAAAAAAAUUCCUGUAACAUGUUUACAUACCGGUGCGAAUUCACUGUCACUGUGACUUCAUUUUCCUCAAAGAACCAGGGACCAAUAAUUCCACGUGAGUAAAUUGCACACCACACUGUGACUUUAGGUGAAUGCAAAGGCCGUUGAUGCAAUUGUCGAGGAUUGGUAUCAGCCCAGUAGCGCAUGUUUUGUUUGUUUACGGAUCCACACAAAUGAAAAUGGGCUUCAUCACUAAAAAAAACAAUAGCGUCCUCACAAAACCUCACACGCGUUCCUCCGAGAAUUGAAGUCACGUUCAGAAAGUUCCUGCACAAUUGCCAUCUUGUAUGGAUGAAAAUGAAGAUCGUCAUGAAGUAUUCUCCUCACAGAACGAUCGGAAAGUCCAAGGGCAAACGCAUGUUUGCGCGCAGAACGCCGUGGUGAUCGCAACACUGAAGUUCUAACUAACUCAAUGUUCUCCGGUGAUCUAAUGGGCCGAGGGACUCCAGUUCUUCGUCUUGUCACACUUGCAGUUUGUCUGAACGUAGUGACCCACGUAACAAUUGAUUUCCGGUCCGGGACAGGGGCCAAGGGGGCUAAAUUAAAGCGAUUCCGAAAGGCGCGCUGGGUUGCGAUCACAGAACAUCCGCUCGAAAAGUAAACCUCAACGGCAAACGCACGCUCCUCACUGUUCCAACGCAUGAUGGCGACUGAACUGUGCCGGGACAAAACUUUAUAGUCCCCCCUCUCGAACGAGACCACUAGCACUCCGUUACGACAUCUACCGACUAAAUGGCGAAUUUUUUAAAAAAGGAAGUUAUGCUGCCGCACCCUGUAUUGUUUUUAAAAAUUAGGACCAAUGUAUUUUAUUUGUUUGUGGUUUAUAAAUAUUUUCGUCUUUGUGUCAAUAAAGAAUAUUUCAAAUGGC